CACCUUCCUCUCCCUUUUAAACCAAGUAACCACCUCGUUUCCUCUCCUCCAAUUACACACUUCUCUCUCUCGAUAGCCUUCACAUUUCUUCCAUUCACAGCUCUCUCUCUCUCUCUCUAAAACAGCAUCAUCAAAGAAAAAAUAGGUCGGUCAUCAAAGAAAUGGGUAGCUGUUUCUCAUCCGGUAGAAGUCAUCACUCAGAUGGUGAGCAGCUCACUGCUAUUGUCAUACCAGUCAAUGGCGAUCUGCGAGAAUACACAGUUCCGGUGACGGUCUCCGACGUCCUCCUCCUCACAGAAACAUCCUCCUCCUUCCUCUGCAACUCGGAUCAACUCUACCAGGAUGACUAUGUCCCGGCCUUGGAUCCACUAUGUGAACUCCAAGCCGGUCAGAUCUAUUUCGAGCUCCCCACAAGUAAGCUCCAGUACCGCCUGUCCGCCUCCGACAUGGCGACUCUGGCUGUCAAGGCCAGCGCCGCCCUCCAACAAAGCUUCGGCUCCAAGAAGGGCAACAAGAAAGCUCGGAUUUCUCCACUACUUGUUGAAAUGAAUUCUUAUAAUCCGGACAGUGACAAGCUCAAGGAGAAUAGCAUGGCUAGGGUUCCGAGAUCGGGUUCUGUAAGAAAUCUGCAGCGAUAUUCGUCAAGAAGAGCUAAGUUGGCGGUUCGUUCCUUCAGGAUCACGUUGACCACUAUUUACGAAGGCACCGUCCAACAAUUCUUCUGAUUAGCUAAUGCUUAUAACAAUAAUUCAUUGGAGGAAGAAAAGCUCGAUCAGCACCAAAAGGCUUGGAAAAGAAAAAGGAAAUUUACAAAUAGUGUGUGUAACUAUUCCUCUGAUUCAACUAUUUUGAAACUGCAGCUUCUGAAUUUUUAUUUUUAUUUGGUUCAAUUGAUACAUAUAUAUUCGAUCUUCAUGUAAAAAAAAUGUAUACGUAGAGAUCGGAUUGAUUGAGUGUGUAUUUUUUUCCCGCCUCGAUUGAGAUGACACAAAAAGUAUCAGUAAUGACAAAUUGGGUUUUCACGUA